UUCAGUCCCGAAAAAAACUUGUUGCUGCGCAGACGCGAAUCGCUCGGCUCGAAUCCUUGGCGAUAUCUUUGCUCUCGAUCGCGGCGAUUGCUAAUUCGACGGUUGUGCUAAUCGAAAUACCGAGAAAUCGCAAUCCGCAAAAACCUCGAAACGGGUGUAAAACAAGUGCUUUUCGGCUAUACACUUAUACUAUACGUGAUUUUGUGAUUACCCUGCUAAUUGGCAGCGGUGGCUCAGUUCGAAAGAUGGCCAAGAGUGUUUGUGCAAGUUAAAGUCUGCGGGGGCAACACAAUUGCUUAGAGCAAUUACCAAAAGCUGCGCCUGCGCACACCUUUCUAACCUCAAAAUCAUCGGCGGACUUCAAGAAGCUGAAAAAUACAUCUUAAAAAUAACACAAAAAAUAAUAAGAAAUAUAUAUCCGAGUAUAUAUAUAUAUAUAUUAAAGCCUUCGGACGACUCUUGUGGCUCGUAAUGUGAAACUGGUUCCUACAACACACACACAAUCACGCGUUGGCAGACCCACUCGAAAACACACACGCACACACAGUGAAAUGUAAACACCAAUACAGUGGCAAAUUGCAACGACAACAGCUUAAAUACAAAACAACAGCAACAACAACAACAAGAAACGCAGUGAAAGAGUCGGAAUAAAAUUUAUGAAAAAAUUGUAUCUUUGGCACGCAAAGCUGAGUGAGCAAAAAAGCAAAAAUACAAAGCGAAAAGAAACGGCCAAAAGUAAACCGCAAGUUCACGAAAAAAAAACACAAAAAAAUAACCCCUAUGACGUCAGGGGUUAUAGCUUGGAAGAGGGCCUGAUUCAUCCCACUGUACCGCCCACAACCACCAUCCACCGCCCACAAAAUGCUGCUGCGACGGCGCAACGGCCAUUGCCUGCCACUUUUGCUGCUGCUCCUGGUCGCCUGCAUUUGCAUUUGGCCCGCUUCGGCGGCCCGCGAUCGCUACGCCCGCCAGAAUGGUCGCCCCCGACACCAGGAUAUAGAUCGCGAUCGGGAUCGGUUCGUCUAUCGGAGCAGCUCGGCCAGGGAUCGCCAGCGGGGCGGGGCGAACUUCGCCCUCGGCUUGGGACCCGGUGGCAUUACCGUUCCCACCAGUCUGGAGGACAAGAAGCCCAACGAGUUUGUCAAGGGAAAAAUCUGCAUUGGCACCAAGUCCAGGUUGUCGGUGCCCUCGAACAAGGAGCACCACUAUAGGAACCUCAAGGAUCGCUACACCAACUGCACCUAUGUGGACGGGAACCUGGAGCUCACCUGGCUGGCCAACGACAGCAUGGACCUCAGCUUCUUGGAGAACAUCCGGGAAGUCACCGGUUAUAUUCUGAUCAGCCAUGUGGAUGUCAAGCAUGUCAAGUUUCCAAAGUUGCAAAUCAUCCGCGGUCGCACCCUCUUCAGCUUGGCGGUGGAGGACGACAAGUACGCCUUGUUCGUCACCUACUCGAAGAUGUACACCCUGGAGAUUCCCGAUCUGCGCGACGUGCUGAACGGCUAUGUGGGCUUCCACAACAACUACAACCUGUGCCACAUGCGCACCAUCCAGUGGCCGGAGAUCCUGUCGAACAACGCGGACGCGUACUACAACUACGACUUCACGGCGCCGGAGCGCGAGUGUCCCAAGUGCCACGAGAGCUGCUCGAAGGGCUGCUGGGGCGAGGGCCCGAACAACUGCCAGAAGUUCAGCAAGCUGACCUGCUCGCCCCAGUGUGCAGGGGGUAGAUGCUACGGACCACGUCCACGGGAAUGCUGCCACCUCUUCUGCGCCGGCGGAUGCGUUGGCCCCACGCAAAAGGACUGCAUCGCCUGCAAGAACUUCUUCGACGAGGGCGUCUGCAAGGACGAGUGCCCGCCGAUGCGGAAGUACAACCCCACCACCUACGUUCUGGAGGCCAAUCCGGAGGGCAAGUACGCCUAUGGAGCCACCUGUGUGAAGGAGUGCCCCGGUCACCUGCUCCGCGACAAUGGCGCCUGUGUGCGCAGUUGUCCGCUGGACAAGACUGCCAAAUCCGGGGAGUGUGUUCCCUGCAACGGACCCUGCCCCAAAACGUGUCCUGGAGUCGCCGUUCUGCACGCCGGCAACAUUGAGACCUUCCGCAAUUGCACGGUUAUCGACGGCAACAUUCGCAUCUUGGAUCAGACCUUCUCGGGCUUCCAGGACAUGUACUCGAACUACACACUGGGUCCGCGCUACAUCCCCUUGGAUCCCGAGCGACUGGAGGUCUUCUCGACCGUCAAGGAGAUCACCGGCUACCUGAACAUCGAGGGCACGCAUCCGCAGUUCCGGAACCUCUCGUACUUCCGCAACCUGGAGACCAUCCACGGUCGCCAGCUGAUGGAGAGCAUGUUCGCCGCCCUGGCCAUCGUCAAGUCCUCGCUGUACAGCCUCGAGAUGCGCAACCUGAAGCACAUCAGCUCGGGCAGCGUGGUCAUCCAGCACAACAGGGACCUCUGCUACGUCAGCGACAUUCGAUGGUCGGCGGUCCAGGAGCAGGCCGACCAGAAGGUCUGGGUCAACGAGAAUCUGAGGGCAGAUUUGUGUGCCAAAAACGGAACCAUUUGCUCGGAACAGUGCAGUGAAGAUGGAUGCUGGGGAGCUGGCAGUGAUCAGUGUCUCACCUGCAAGAAGUUCAACUUCAAUGGCACCUGCAUAGCCGACUGUCGUAAUAUCUCAAAUGCCUACCAGUUCGAUAACAAGACCUGCAUGAUGUGCCACCCGGAGUGCAGAACGUGCACGGGCUCGGGAGCGGAUCACUGUCUGGAGUGCGUCCACGUGCGGGACAACCAGCACUGCGUGUCCGAGUGUCCGGCGAACAAGUACAGCGAUGGCGGCAUCUGCCGCGAGUGCCACGCCACCUGCGAGGGAUGCACGGGACCCAAGGACACCAUUGGCAUGGGCGGCUGCAAGACCUGCAAUUUGGCCAUCAUCAACAACGAUGCCUCCGUGGAGCGCUGCCUGCUGAAGGACGACAAGUGCCCGGAUGGCUACUACUGGGAGUACGUGCAUCCGCAGGAACUGGGAUCACUGAAACCGCUGGCUGGAAAGGCGGUCUGCAGGAAGUGCCACCCACGUUGCGAACUGUGCACCAACUACGGAUUCCACGAGCAGGUCUGCUCCAAGUGCACCCACUACAAACGCAGGGAGCAGUGCGAGGACGAGUGUCCUGCCGAUCACUACACGGAUGAGGAGCGGCGCGAGUGCUUCGAGUGCCAUCCGGAGUGCAAGGGAUGCACCGGUCCGGGUGCCGAUGAGUGUUUAGCUUGCCUCAACUUCAAGCUCUUCGAUCCCAGCGAGGCGGGUCCCUACACCAAUGCCACCUCCUUCAACUGCACCUCGAAGUGCCCGUCGGAGUUUAGGCAUGUCAACUACCAGUCGCUCUCCAUCGGACCCUACUGCGCCUCCAGUCCGCCGAGGAGCAGCAAGAUGACCGCCAACCUGGACGUGAACAUGAUCUUCAUCAUCACGGGCGCUGUUUUAGUGCCCACCAUCUGCAUCCUCUGCGUGGUCACCUACAUUUGCCGGCAGAAGCAGAAGGCCAAGAAGGAGACCGUCAAGAUGACCAUGGCUCUCUCCGGCUGCGAGGACUCCGAGCCACUGCGUCCCUCGAAUAUUGGCGCCAAUCUGUGCAAGUUGCGUAUCGUAAAGGAUGCCGAGUUGCGGAAGGGUGGAGUCCUGGGAAUGGGAGCCUUUGGUCGCGUGUACAAGGGAGUUUGGGUGCCAGAGGGCGAGAACGUCAAGAUCCCCGUGGCCAUCAAGGAGCUGCUGAAGUCCACUGGAGCGGAGUCGAGUGAGGAGUUCCUCCGCGAAGCGUACAUCAUGGCCUCCGUGGAGCAUGUGAAUCUACUCAAGCUCCUGGCUGUCUGCAUGUCCUCGCAGAUGAUGCUGAUUACCCAACUGAUGCCACUGGGUUGCCUUUUGGAUUAUGUGAGGAACAACAGGGAUAAGAUUGGCUCCAAGGCUUUGCUCAACUGGAGCACUCAGAUCGCCAAGGGAAUGUCCUAUCUGGAGGAGAAGCGCUUGGUUCACAGAGACUUGGCUGCUCGUAAUGUCCUCGUGCAGACUCCCUCGCUGGUGAAGAUCACGGACUUCGGUUUGGCCAAGCUUCUUAGCAGCGAUUCCAAUGAAUACAAGGCAGCUGGCGGCAAGAUGCCCAUCAAGUGGUUGGCUCUGGAGUGCAUUCGCAAUCGGGUCUUCACCAGCAAGUCGGAUGUGUGGGCCUUUGGAGUGACCAUUUGGGAGCUGCUGACCUUUGGCCAGCGACCACAUGAGAAUAUUCCAGCCAAGGAUAUUCCGGACUUAAUAGAAGUUGGUUUGAAGCUGGAGCAACCGGAGAUCUGUUCGCUGGAUAUCUACUGCACAUUGCUCUCCUGCUGGCACUUAGAUGCCGCCAUGCGACCAACAUUCAAGCAGCUAACCACAGUCUUUGCCGAGUUCGCCAGGGAUCCUGGUCGCUAUCUGGCCAUUCCUGGUGAUAAGUUCACUAGGCUGCCUGCCUACACGAGUCAAGAUGAGAAGGAUCUCAUUAGGAAGCUGGCGCCCACUUCAGAUGGAGCUGAGGCAAUGACGGAACCUGAUGACUACCUGCAACCCAAGACAGCUCCUGGUCCAAGCCACCGAACGGAUGCCACCGACGAGAUACCCAAGCUGAAUCGCUACUGCAAGGAUCCCAGCAACAAGAACUCCAGCGUGGGGGAUGAUGAGACCGACUCCAGUGCCCGCGAAGUGGGCGUGGGCAACCUCCGCCUCGAUCUGCCAGUGGACGAGGACGACUACCUGAUGCCCACUUGCCAACCGGGUCCGAAUAACAACAACAACUCGAACAAUCCCAACCAGAACAACAUGGGCGCAGUGGGCGUGGCCGCCGGGUACAUGGAUCUCAUCGGAGUGCCCGUGAGUGUGGACAAUCCGGAGUAUCUGCUGAAUGCCCAAACGCUGGGCGUCAACGAGGCGCCGAUUCCCACGCAAACGAUUGGCAUCCCGGUGAUGGGAGUGCCAGGCACCAUGGAGGUGAAGGUGCCGAUGCCGGGAAGUGAACCCACCAGCUCCGAUCACGAGUACUACAACGACACCCAGCGGGAGCUGCAGCCACUGCAUCGGAAUCGCAACACGGAAACGAGGGUUUAGAAUCCUUCGAGGAGAAGGAGGAUCAGCGAUAAUCUUGCCAAGUGCCUUUGGAAGCCAUGCGGAAUUUGCCUUUGCUGGCUGUUAUCUUAGAGAUAGGAGCCCGUGCGCCUGUACAAAGCCUAGACCGACCCAUAGAUUUGUAUAUUACUACCGAUAUUACUCUCUAGUGUACUUAGUGACUCCCCUUCCCCUUCCCCUUCCCCACCCAUUGUAUCGUAUCUUUGUGUAUACUUCUCUAUCCUGUAGCCUCUAAAGGAUUAGUCAGCAGGGAUCGUCAUCGCGAUUCUGCGCUUGUAGAUUUCAUGUAAUUACGAGAACAAAACACCGAUAGUGCAUUUCGUAGACGCCUCCGAUGCGGCCAGGAAUCAUUGAGUGUCCUUUCGCAGGAUCAGGCUUCGUCGGAGGGCACACACUAAGCUAAUUACUUCUCUUGUACUUCUAGUUAGCCGUAGCCUUAGCCUCUUUUAGCGUCUAGUUUCCAACUGUGAUAUAGUUUUUACGAACUCGAACUAAGGACUUUUAAUACGAUGAACAAAUCAAACGACUCGACACACACAGCUAAGCAAACAUGGAAAACACUAUAGUAGAAAAACUAAUCAUACCGAUGUACCGAUCUUAUGCAAUUUUAGGCCUAGUUUCAAAUCCCAAGUUUGACAAUUAAAUCCCGAGCGUGCCAUGCAUCGAUCGAUGCAAAUCUCCUAAAGAUUUCGAAUAUUUUGUUGGCACACUAGCCUGUAAGCGAAUGCCCAGCCGAUGGAUCAGCGAUUGAGCGGCCAAAAGCUGGCAACGAAAUUCUAAAUAUCGACCAUUUGCCAAGUGCGUUAUGCAUACUGACUAAGUUAACUUUAUUUAAACUAGACUAUUUACCUAUAUGUGAAUAUAUAUAUACACAAAUAAAAUUACCUUUCAAUAAAUUCAAAA